UUCCUCGGGAGCAAGGGCGUCCAUCCACACACACACACACACAGAGAAAAGAGCGUCCAUCCCCACCGUAGCAGCCAGCAUGGCAGGGCGGCUUGCUACCGUGCCAGAGGAGAGCGCCGACGGCUCCACGGCUGCCUAUCCGCCGCGCGGCCUCUACCUCGACCUUAUCCGGAGCAUCGCCGUGUCCGGAGCGCAGAUAAGAUCGACUCUCUUCUCCCACUCCGGUGAAAGCGGAUCCAGCUACUCCAGCGGCUCACGGACCUCGGGCUCUUAUCCGUCGCACGACUCUGGAUGCUCCUCCGGUUCGAACUCUGGCUGCUCCGCCGGCGCGGUGGACUUUGGCACCAACGAGCUCACCAAGAUUGCUCAAAGAAUGGUCAGCGACGGCUACACCCAGCGCAUCAUCAAAGCCUUCAAAUACGAUAGCGAUCGUGCCCUUGAAGCUUGGUUUGUUGAGCUCGACGUCGACUGGGUUCUCCAACGCCGCGAGGGCCAUACCUCACGGCAGCAGCUCCAGUUAGAAGACAAGUCCGCGUGGUCGCUCCAAGAAUUGGUCAACAAGUGGAUCCGAGCUCUCACUGUAAUUGUCAUGAGCAUCAAGGAGCUGGUCGAAUCCGUCGGCGAGGAGUCAACGGUUGCUGCCGUUGCACGGUUUGGACAAGCGAGCAUCUCAGCAAUGCUUGUCUUUGUCGACACCGUCGUUGAUGUUUAUGAGGUGGAGAAGCUACAGGCUGUGCUACACACAUAUAUCUGUGUCUCUAGUGCAUCAUACGACAUAUUUAGGAUAUACGUGAUCUCUCCAAAAGUCCAAAGCAUUUUCAAGGAUAUAUGUGGCUCGUUGGACAGAGAAUCGAACAAAUUAAUUGGUGCCAUAUCCACCAUGAUGAAGGGGGCGGGGAUGUUACUGGAGGAUAAUGACGACCUGUGGGCUAUGGAGGGAGAGAUUCUGCGAGGAGGAGAUGUUCACAGGAACAUUCAGUGGUUGGUGGAUUACAUAGUGUUGAUGAAGAAAGCACGGGAUUCUACGCAGAAGUCCGCACAGUGCCACAACAGCGAAAAACUUGGCGAAGUCAUAUCCGACUCAGUUGAUUAUUUGAAGGAUCUGCUUCAGAGAAAAUCGGAGCUAUGCUCGGAUCCAAGCCUCAGGUACUUGUUCCUGCUCAACAAUUCUUAUUUCAUAGCGCAGAUGUCUGAGCCAUCGACAUUGUUAGAUAUCGAGCUGUUGUCUGUACACCACUGGGGACUUAAACAUAUGCCUGAAUGUCAGAAGCACAUGGAUAGUUAUCUCGAGGUUUCUUGGGGACAUGUGGUGUCCUGCAUAUCGACAUCAAAUUUCCGUGGACUGCUCCGCCGUUGGAUCAACACAUCUUCACUGGCUAAAUUCCAGUCAGCAUUUCAUAAAACAUACCAGGCUCAGAAGUUCUGGAAGGUUCCGGACCCUCAACUCCGAUCCUUGCUACGGGAAACUAUCACCAAGAGAGUCAUUCCAGGUUACCGUGACUACCUGAAAGGGCAUCCGGAACUAGAGAAACAGGUUAGUGGCGGAAGCAGCAGUCCCGACGAGCUGGAGGAGAUGCUGGGAGAGCUAUUUGAAGGAUGAAAACAGCUUAUGCAUGGAAUGGGGUUCACCCAGCAAAUAAGACUCGAGUUUGUGUUUCAUCGGUUGUAGUUAGAUUUAUUUUUCCUU